GCUCCCCUAUAUCAUCUCCAAAAAUAGUUUGGUUACCUCGAGUGGAGACCUCGACCGAUUUCGAACUCGGCGUGUCGCGUUGUACUAUUCGAGAGGUUUUUAGCUGAGUGUUUGUGUUGUGCUAAGCAUCGAAGGAAGUUUCUCAAAAAUGGCUUCGCGCUCGAAAAAAAGCUCGACGCCGUCGGCCCAGCAGCGGCCGGCUAGCCCGCUCAGCCCGACGAGGCAUUCCAGGUUGCAGGAGAAAGCGGAACUCCAAGGUCUGAACGACCGCCUGGCCGGUUACAUAGACAAAGUGAGAUUCCUGGAAGCGGAAAACAACAAACUAUCCAGAGAAAUCCAGACGACCCAGGAAACUGUUACACGCGAAGUGACCAACAUCAAGUCUAUGUACGAUCACGAACUAUCGGACGCUAGAAAACUGCUGGACGACACGCAUCGCGAGAAAGCCCGCCUGGAAAUCGACGUGAAACGCCUCAUAGAAGAGAACGAGGAGCUCAAAGCCGAGCUGGCCAAGAAGAGCAAGGACUUAGUUGUCGCCGAGAACCAUGCCAGGAUAUACGAAGCCCGGUGUAACGAGUACCAGCUCAAAUCCAACCAAGCUGCCGCCGAUGCAAAGAAGGCCAUCGCCGACGCUAAGGAGUUGGAGAAGGAAAGGGACAAGCUCAAGAAGCUCCUCGAUGCUGCUCGUAAACAACUGGAAGAGGAAUCCCUGGCCAGAGUAGAGGUCGAGAAUCACAAUCAGAGUCUUAGGGAAGAGCUAACCUUCAAAGAUCAGAUUCACCAGCAAGAGCUCACCGAGACCCGUACGCGCCGGCAGGUCGAGAUCAGCGAAAUCGACGGCCGCCUGGCGCAGAAGUACGAGGCCAAGCUGCAGGAGGCGCUCCAGGACCUGCGCGACCAGUACGAAUCGCAGAUGGCCAACAAUCGACAGGAGAUCGAGCUGUUGUACGAGCAGAAAAUCAAAAACCUGCAGGCGGCCGCCGACAGGCACCAAUCGACCGCCUCCGGCGCUCUCGACGAGCUGAGACAGGUCCGGACGAGGAUCGACACCUUCACGUCGCGCAUCCAGGACCUGGAGAACCAGAACAACGGCCUGUCGGCUAGGACUAGGGAUUUGGAGAAGUUGCUCGAGAACGAGCGCAUUCGUCAUGCCGAAGAUCUGGCGAUGGUCGAGAGGGAAUUGCACAGGAUGCGAGAGGAAAUGGCCACGCAACUACAGGAAUACCAAGACCUGAUGGAUAUCAAAGUAUCGCUCGAUUUGGAAAUCGCCGCCUACCGGAAACUUCUCGAAGCUGAAGAGGCUCGAUUGAACAUCACACCAACAGGCGUUGAGCACGAGGUGCACCAGAGGAGUUCCUCCCAACGUCGGACGCCGGUGAGGGUGGGAGCGAAGAGGAAACGGGCCCUGCUCGAGGAGACGCAGGAGUCGAGCAUGUCGGAUUACAGCGUGAACAGUUCUUCGAAAGGGGACAUCGAAGUGGCCGCAGUCGAUCCGGAGGGUCAGUUUGUGAGAUUGCACAACAAGAGUAACCAAGAGGUGCCGCUCAGCGGAUGGCAAGUCAUCAGGCGGGCGGGCGAUGAGGAGACUUUCUACAAAUUCCACAGAACUGUUAAAGUAGAGGGAAAUGGUACAGUAACCAUUUGGAGUUCGGAUUUAAAUAAAGAUCACGAACCUCCUAGCAACCUGGUUAUGAAAGGUCAAAAAUGGGUUACCGGAGACAACAUGAUUACGGUAGUAUUGAACAACAAUGGAGAAGAAGUAGCGUCAUCUGAAAGGGUGAAAAGGCAGAUUUCAACGUCGCAUUUAAGACACAGGGAGUUGGGGGAUGAAGAACUUUACCACCAACAGGGGGACUUGCAAGGUGAAAAGUGCGGACUGAUGUGAACUGUAUCAUCAGGUUUGUUUCGAAUAUGAAUUUAUUUUGUAAGGUUUAAGGUUAGAUAAACUACAGAAUUGAGAUGCGUUUCUUUGGUCGCUUCAUAUGAAUAUAUUUUUUUACACAAGAAAUUUUUUUUAUAAUUUUUGAAGCAGCUUUCUUGUGCAGAAAGUACACACACAAACUUAAUUCUGUUAAUAACAAAAACUCACUUAAAAUUCUUAUUUAUUUUGUCUAAAUUCAAUUUUAAUGGUUGAUAAACGAUUUGUAGAUUGUCGCAAAACAAUUAAGUAUAUUAAUUUUAUAAUUUCUAAUUGGAUACGUUUGUUUUUCAUUUACAAACAAAGCAGUGUGCAUUUAUUUACACGACGGGGUGAGCUUUUUUUUCUAUAUUUAGCAGUCAUUCAAUGUGUUUUGAUGUCUUUAAGUUUAUAAAUUUGUUUUAACCUUUGUAAAGUAUUAAGAGUUAAUGAAACAGUAUAAUGACAUGCUGUUGGGUGGGUGCUAAAAGUUGAAAUUGAACGAGUUUUUUUAUUUUUGUUCUUAGUGCGAGUCUGUUUUUCAAUUUUUUUAUUAUAUAUUAGUUAUGAACCUUUGGUAACGACUGAAUAGAACGGUAUAUUUUUGAAUAGAUUUUUUUAAUUUAGAGAUACGAUUUAGGUCAAUAUAACAUUUUUGAAGAUAUUUAAAUGUUCUCGUAAUUAAAUUUUGUGAACUUUUAGGUAAUCUAUAAAAUAAUUGACCUAGAUCUUAAAGUAUAUUGUAAAUACAAAAACAGUACUUCUAGCUUAAAUUUUUCGAUUUCUUUUAAAUUAAAUCGAUUUAUUCAUUUGGUACAAGGUACAUAACUUACUUUAUUUAAAAAAAACUUUGGUAUAGGUUUAAGUAAAUGCUUCUUAUUUUGUAUGUAUUCAAUAAAUAUAUUUGAUGACAACUGGUUUUUUGUUGUGCCUUACAACAGAACGCUGAAAUUGGUAACUUAGAUUUUAGUAUAUAGUUCUGAAAAAAUGCAUAGUUUAAGUUUAUGUACCUCUUAAAAUUUUAUGUCUUAUCUGUCGGUAAUGAAAUAAAAU